AUGAACGUACCAAGUAAUAAAACACUCAAUUCAAAUAUAACAAACAUCAACGUUUGCGGCUCUUCCUUUGGUAGUCCAAUGGACGCAUUGCCCAAACAGUUUGUCGCUUCAAUGAAAACACUUUUCGACAUAUUGGACGACCAGCACACCGGCUUCGUACGGUUUUUGGACAUUGAAAAAGGAUGGCAAGAUGAUGGCUGCAAAGGAUUGCCACAUGGCGUCAUUGACUCACUUCGAAAAGUGACGCCCUCAAGUGGUCUCCUUUCGUUUGACCGUUUCUGUGCCGGCUUGAAAUUGUGUCUGUUACGUAAUCAAAACGCUUCUGUCGGCAGUGCAACUGCAGGUGCAAACAGUGUCGCUGUUCAUACCGGCGUCUCGCCAGUAAAACCUCCUCGACCACCCUCUGCACCACUUUUAGACAUCGACAGCACUGUACAUGGUAACCCAACUUGGGGAGUUAGCAACACCACAACUGCCACUGUACGUCCACAUAAAAUUGUAUCUGCUCACCGUGCCCUCAGUUUGCCGCAGUUAAGCCCAGACUCGGAGCUGGAAGUAGAAAUGAAUGGUGCUGAUGUUGGCAUAUACAAUUCACCAGCGCCACCACCGAAACCUCCGCGCGCCUCAGCUGCUAAUCAACUCGGCGCCGCGACUACUCCAACUACGCCUUUGGACAAGGCAGAGAUUCGGCAUGCAUUGCAGAAUUGGCAAAUGGGCAUAUUACUAAACGAAAUGGGCGCAAAAGAGAAACGAAACUCGGCAUAUUUGUAUAAUCACUUUCCAUAUCGUGGUUGUGCAGAUGGUGGAUCAUCAUCAGCCACUGAUAGCGUCACAGGAACAGUGGGCACACUGCACCCGAAAAAAGGCAGCUCAAAACGACGAGAGCCGCGACGGCACACACUGCAGAAUGGUAUUGACUACAAUAUGCUCAAACGUCUCAAACAAUUCGAAGAGGAGCGUGAAGUACUGUUGACGGGCUUAGAUGCAGUAGAGAAAGCACGUGAGUGGUACUUACAGCAAAUGGCUAACGUUCAGGAGAAGAUUAAAUAUUUGGGACGGAUGGGUCACGUAGAACAAUGGUCGGAGGUACGACAGGAACGGCUAGAAUUCCAACGCGCCCGCGUAUAUGAAGUAAAUCGAAAUUUAGCUGCUCUUGCCGAUUGCUGGGAGCGUGGAGGAUUCCCUUUACAUUUUAAUCUUGCAAUAAGAACGCCCGGUAAAGCACUAAGUCAGCGCAAUGUUAGCGGCAACAAUAGUGGUGGGUUGCUUCAACCAGUAGACCGCCUGCGUCAACAAAAUCAUAAUCUUACGAAUGAGGUAAACUUAAAAAGCGACCGGAUAGCAUUGCUGGAGCGUGAAAAGCAAUCACUAAUGAGGGAAUUGUAUGAGUUGAGACAAAGAGUUGGUAUAGUUGGACGAAGUCCUGGAUUUGUAAACGUUCUAGGUCAAUCAUCACCUUCAUCUUCCGGGGGACUUGGAGAAGCGGACGUCGUUUUCUAA